UGCGCCCUUCACCGACCGGGCGACCCAGUGCGCAGCAGGAGUGCCCGUCCCAGUCCCGCUCACCCGCGCCCAGCCAGGGCGGCUCCGGCCGCGGCCGCACGCAGCACCACGCGUGGAGAGCUCAGGCCCGGAACACCCACCGCACUGACAGUAUGAGCCGCAUUGCCUACACUCUGGGAGCCUUGCUUCUCCUCCUGGGGGCCCUGCUGCCAGCUGCUGAAGGGAAAAAGAAGGGGUCCCAAGGUGCCAUCCCACCACCAGACAAGGCCCAGCACAAUGACUCGGAGCAGACUCAGUCACCCCAGCAGCCCGGCUCCAGGAACCGGGGACGGGGUCAGGGACGAGGCACUGCCAUCCCUGGGGAGGAGGUGCUUGAGUCCAGCCAAGAGGCCCUGCAUGUGACUGAGCGCAAGUACCUGAAGCGAGACUGGUGCAAAACCCAGCCGCUGAAGCAGACCAUCCACGAGGAUGGCUGCAGCAGCCGCACCAUCAUCAACCGCUUCUGCUAUGGGCAGUGCAACUCCUUCUACAUCCCCAGGCACAUCCGCAAGGAGGAAGGCUCCUUUCAGUCCUGCUCCUUCUGCAAGCCCAAGAAAUUCACCACCAUGAUGGUCACACUCAACUGCCCUGAACUGCAGCCACCCACCAAGAAGAAGAGGGUCACACGUGUGAAGCAGUGUCGUUGCAUCUCCAUUGAUUUGGACUAAGCCAAGCACACACAUACACCUGUCCUAGGGAUGUGGCCCCAAGCAG